AAGGUUUUGUGUCAGUACUACAGGAGGCCAUGUUUAUGUCGCAUUGGAAGCAGUGGAAAUUGCAUUGCAGGGGAAUAUUCUUAGUCUCUCUUUCCGUAUUAUUUCAAGCCAGUUCCUGGCUUUGGAACAUUUUUACUGAACGCGCGAUGAGAAAAGGAGAGAAAUUUAGGAAGAAACGCAGAGCACAGGGCACGUAGCCUUGUGGUUAGAACAGAAUGAAAGCAAACGGAUUUGGCUAGCAAGCAAGAAAUACUUGGCUGCGAGCGUCGCGUGCCGCGUGUGUGCUGUCUUCCCACUCAACAGGAAGUCUCCAGGUUGUGGACAGAAGUCGUUACGGUGGAUUGGACUGCAGGGUUACCUUGGGUGACAUUUAACUUUGCAUGGUUCCAAUAUGUUUUGCACGAUAGGCUCAAAAUGUGAUAUGUCAGCUGGCUUUACCAUUGUGAUUCUGAUAACUUGGUAGAUAACAAAAGUAAAAGCGUAAUAUUGGAAGACUUCAGAAUGCUCAUCCAUCAGUCGCUCUUUGUGUCACUAGCUAGCUAAAAGUUUGUUUGGUGACAAAAUCACUUGCAAGUGGUAACUAUUCAUUGUCAACAUACUUUUGCAAUAACUUAAAUUGUAUUAGUUGGUAGUUAAGCUUCACUUGUUUACCGAACGUUACAGUCGCUGCUACUUGCACUGAUUUGGUCUGAAUUAUUUUGUGCAAGAACGACAGCUUUGCAAGCCUCAGUUGAUCAUAAGUUAACCAAUAAUUCUAAAGCAAACUUAAAUUUCCUUUGGACUAAUAAACUGUGUUAUCAGCUAAAUUAACAUCGUAUGGACCCCUUUUGUGGAAAAAUAUUUAUUUUCCGGAUUUGUUCUGUUUUAGCCAGCCAAUAGUUACUAUAUCGAAAUCACCAACUGAAAGGAAAGCUGGCGACCUUACGCUUAGACCAGGAGGAGAAAGGAGAGUUGGGAGCGAUGGCAUGGGUGUUGAAGAUGGAUGAUGCUUCGAUCGAAUCUGGACUUAUACACGACUUCGAUGCCAGCCUAUCUGGAAUUGGGCAGGAACUUGGAGCUGGCGCUUACAGUAUGAGUGAUGUCCUGGCACUGCCCAUAUUCAAACAGGAAGACUCCAGCCUCCCCCCGGAUUCUGAGACCAAAAACCCUCCAUUCCAGUACGUGCUGUGUGCCUCCACAUCUCCGGCUGUGAAACUGCAUGAUGAGACCCUCACCUACCUUAACCAAGGGCAGUCCUACGAAAUCCGUAUGCUGGAUAACCGGAAGAUGGGGGAGCUGCCAGAACUCACCAAUCAGAAUGUGAAGAGCAUCGUGCGCGUGGUGUUCCACGACCGCCGGCUGCAGUACAUGGAGCACCAGCAGCUGGAGGGGUGGAGGUGGAAUCGCCCCGGCGACAGGCUGCUGGACAUUGAUAUUCCCUUGUCCGCGGGCAUCAUCGACCCGAGGACCAACCCCUCCCAGCUCAACGCUGCGGAAUUCCUGUGGGAUCUCUCCAAGCGAGCGUCCGUCUUUGUGCAGGUGCACUGCAUCAGCACCGAGUUCACGCCACGCAAGCACGGCGGGGAGAAGGGCGUGCCCUUCCGCAUCCAGAUCGACACCUUCGGACAGAACGAGAGCGGCGAAUACACUGAUCACCUGCACUCCGCCAGCUGCCAGAUCAAAGUGUUUAAGCCAAAAGGGGCCGACAGGAAGCAAAAGACCGAUCGGGAGAAGAUGGAGAAGCGGACGGCACAGGAGAAGGAGAAGUACCAGGCCUCGUACGAAACCACUAUCCUGUCUGAGAUGAGGCUUGACCCCAUAGUAGAAGAAGCAGUUGAACAUGAGCAGAAAAAGUCCAGCAAGCGGACUUUGCCCACAGACUGCGGCGAUUCUCUGGCCAAGAGAGGCAGUUGUUCGCCCUGGCCUGAAACCGCCUAUGUGAACAGCAGCCCAGCAGCUACACCAGCAUUUACCAACACCUACGUUGUCCCAGUCCCCGACAGCGAUUCCUCCUCCCCCAGCCAGCAGGGAGACGUGACUGGCCAGGUCGCUGUGGAGCACCUGGCCCCGUCGGCCUCCUUGCAGGAAGUCCAGCAGUGGCUGCACAGGAACAGGUUCUCCUCCUACAGCAGGCUGUUCGCACAUUUCUCAGGUUCUGAUCUACUGAAACUGACCCGUGAGGACCUGGUUCAGAUCUGUGGACCGGCUGACGGGAUACGACUGUUCAAUGCACUUAAGUCCAGGUCUGUGAGACCUCGUCUGACUGUUUAUGUGUGCCAAGAGGCACCCCAAGCAAAGGGCACCACCCUGCUGGAGGCUCACUGCAGCGGUGAGAAUGGGGACUUCAACAGCAGUACCAUAUUUGUGUAUCAUGCCCUGUACCUGGAGGAGAUGACUGCUUCUGAACUCACCCGGAAGAUCGCCUCAGUUUUCAGCCUCCCCCUGUCCCAGAUCAGCCAGGUGUAUCGACAGGGCCCCACUGGCAUUCACAUCGUCCUCAGUGACCAGAUGGUUUACAACCUCCAGGAUGAGAGCUGUUUUGUAGUGAGUACAGUAAAAGCCGACACAGGAGAUGGAUACCACGUGAUCUUAAAGUGACAUCAAGAGUGAAAGAGCUUGUCUCAGAAGCUUGUCACUGCUGAAGAAAAGACUGCUGUCUCUCCCAAAGUGUACCGCUCUAUAUGAGGAGGAAGGAAGCAGUGAGCCAAGCCAAGUUAAUGUUAGAAUCUGACUUCAGUGGACACAUUGUUUCAUAUUGAAAACACUAUUGGAGAAGACUGUAGGGGUAUGAUGUUGGCUUGUUUAUUUGGGGUGGGGGGUGGGGGGGUUACGGUGUGGGAUUGAUAGGCAGAAGUGUGUGUGUGCAUGUAUGCAUGAGCAAAGGAACAAAGUCUGUGAUUGGAUGGCUGCCUUGACCAAUCAGAGCUCAGCAUCCUGGCCAUUUCUUUUGGCCACAGUGGCUUCGCAACAUGGCUGCAGAUGGCAUCAUAUCUGUUAUGCAAAGCUGACUUUUAUGGCCAGUAUUGGAGGCAUGCUGUAAUACUGUGGCUUAGCUAACUGGCAGGUGGAGAUAAAUUUGGCAAAGCUGUGCUGUGACACAUGCUGUCAGGAGCAUGGGAGCAAAGGGGCAAACCCUUAGCUGUGUACAUUACAUCCUGUGUGUUUAGGCUCCCACCUUAGGAAAAAUGUCUAGACAACCAAGCUUCAUUUUAAAGGCUCUGAAGAAUAGCUUGCACUAGACUCAAAUGGACAUGCAGUCGCGCACCACAAGCUUGCACAUGGAUAUCGAUUCCAGUGGGGUAAGUGAGUGACAGAAAGUUGUCAUAAGACAUGUUGUAACUGUGUCCCCAGCUCGUGGGGAGGGUGAGGUAGAGUCCUACAGUGGGCGGCCCAUUUCUGUGACCUUGGAGCUCUUUCUAAUGGAUGGAAUGAGCAGCCCAGGAUGGGACAUCACCAUUCCCAUUACUUUUGAAAGAGGGAUAUUUGUUGGUACUCAGACACGCCAUAUGGACCAGGCUGUGUCUGAAUUAUUGUAGACAUAACCUGUCAUGGAUUGACUUUUUUCAUUUUUGUUUUUUUUCUAUUCUUUUGGAGAAGACUGUGCCAUAUGCAAUGCUAUUUGCUACCAACCGGUAUACAGCACACCCAUAUCAACAGAUUUGCUUGCCUGGUAUGCCCUUCACCAAGUUAUAGGUUGGCUGGGCAUACCCCAUACCUAUAGAACAUUGCGAGUUUGGUACUUUUCAAAGUUUCCUAGGGAGAUGCCUGCACACUGUAGGUAGGCAAUGGGUGGAUUCAUCAUUCAUUCUGCUUGCAGGUCAAGUAAGUCAUCCAUGUCACUAGGAGUGCUGUGGGUUAUUUACUAGCACUCUGUACUCAAUACAUCUUGUAGAUCUUUCCCUUCACCUUGUGCCAUAAAUCAUUAAGUGUAUCAAGCACUGGUAAGUUUAGCAUAUUGAGGUUUGUGUAGUAGAGCAAUUGGACCAAACAAGUUUAGAAUGAUUUUAUUUUUGAGCGUUAGCAGUGCAUACUGUUCGUCUUUUGAUGCCAAUGUGUGUGGGCCAUUUAGCUUCAGUUUAAGUGAUCAUACAUCUAGCAUACAGGGUUUUAAGUCCUCUUUCACCCGCUGAUUCACAGACCACAUUCAGGGGCAUGUAUACGUGGCCUGCUUUUUAAAUUUUUUUAUUUUAUUUUUUUAACCAGAUUCUGUCAUUCUGUUUCUGUCAUCAAUUAUCUUUCCUUUCAUUUUUUCUUGUUAGUCUGCAUGUUCAUUUUACUGCUUCCCCUUCCUGUUUUUAAUGUUACUUUGUGUAUGUCUUGGGUCCUUUAAAGGAUGAAGCAGUGCAAUUGUGGCCCUCAUUUUAUUUAUUUUUGCUCAAGCAGUCUGUUGCUCGACAAGUUUAGCCUUUGCAAAGACUGAUUUUAUAUUUGAGCAUUUUUGGUGUGAACCUUGGUUUUACAAUUUUUUCAUAAAGCACUGGGUCAUUAACUCUGUUUUCCAGUUAAUUACUAAUUAUAUGCUGAAAGUAUACACUCAAAUCAAAUUUAAAAUAGGUCAUAACAUGUCAUUCAGACAGUACUCUUCACUGUCUUAAUUGCCUGGGGGACGCACGGCAUGGGUAUGUCCACCGUUAAGUUGAGCUCUUGAGUUUGACUGAGCUUUCUCCAGAUGCUCCUGACAGAUGCAGUAUAAUGGCAAAUGAAUUAAUUUGUGCUUUACAAUUACAGCCUCUGCUGCUUGGAGGGUGGUCUUGCUUUUUAACAUUGCUGCUCAGUGAAGUUGGCAGUCAUUGCUUCUUGUGUGCAGCUUGGAUGCUGGAAUGACGUACACACUUCAAAUAAACCCAAAUCAUUUUCAAAA